UAAAGGUUUUUCUGGAUGUUUUGUUCAUUUUGCAGUGUCUUAUUUAUAUAAAUAAGGUUGGUUGCAUCAAACCACAAUAUCCAGAUUAUAACAUAUUUGAUGACUUCGUGGCCCCAAUUCCAAGGUGUUAACCUAAUUGAAAGCCCUUCAUUUUCAGUACUUCGGGUGCCCCCAUAUUCCAGUCUUCAUCUCCUAUUGGCAAAAGGACGUGUGUGUGUGUGUGACCGAUUGCCGUCUAACGAAUAUGCUACUGAAUCCUCAAUUAAGAAAUUACUCGAUACAAAUAUGGAAAUCAUUAACCUGUGCACGGAAAUGUUGAACAUUAUGACUACUGAUAGAAAAUCUCGACAGCAAACCUACCCUCCGGCAAACGGGGACUUAACACUGCAGUUUCCGAUCGAGAAUGAAGACCAGUUAGAGAUGCUGGAAGCAUCUUUAAGAGACGAAAAGUACAAACAGCAAUAUACAGACAGACAGAUUGUGCCUUAUGCCUUUUAUAAAAUAAUGAGAAGUAAGUUUCAUUAAUGAAGUAAUUAGUUCUCUAGCUUUAGUUAUGUCGCACUUCUCCGGCCAAUUAAUGACGACAAGAGAGAUUGGUGAAAUGAUGGAUAGGGCCACGAAAUCGUACUUUCAUAAUUUGAAAGAUCGUGUCCAAUGGCGUAAGCGGAAGCAAGGAAUUCAGGCAAAUGAAAAAGAAACCGGGAGAUAUAACAGUGGCACUUAUGAUGCUGCCAGUGGAUCACACUUGACGGGAUUGCAGUGACGUUGUACUACAGUUUAUAAAUACAAAAGUCUCA